AUGGCGCGGCGGAUCCAUUUGCCAUCUCCUCUCUUCUUCCUCCUCCGCGCCGUCCGUCUCGCGCUCCACCGCCGCACCCGCUCCGCAGCCGUUCCAAGGCUUUCUGUUGCCAACUCCGGAAGAGCCCUCCCGUCCUCGCUGUGGGGCACGUCGUUGCCGGCCCGGACGCCACCGUGGAAUGGUGAACAUGAGACUGCAGAAGAACAGGAAACAGGGCCAGCAUUACCAGAUCCUGUGGAUGCACCCAAGGAUGCUUCCAAGGAAAACGUUAGCCCCACCAAGGAAUCUGAUGAGGUUCAAGACAAUGGGGAGGUACCACUGAAGUUCAGAAACUACCUUCCUCAUGAUGAGCGACUUCGAGGCGGUAAGGUGGCUCCUCUGUCUCUUCCCAAGUUUGAAGAUCCAAUCGCUGCUGAUGCUGCUGAGCCAAAGCAGCUCGAGAACCCUUUUGGGAACAUUGCUCCAAAGAACCCAAACUGGGAUCUGAAACGGGACGUGCAGAAGAGGAUCGACAAGCUGGAGAAGCGCACGCAGAAAGCUCUGGCUGAGAUCGCAUUGGAGCAGCAAAAGGAGAAAGAGGCGCUGGAAGAAGGAAGCGAUGCAGCUCAGGAGUGA